AGUAUGGAAUAAAUAAGUGGUGAACACUCUUAGGGAUCAGUCUAUCGAUCACACUUUGUUCGCCCAGUCCAUUGGGGUCCUCUUUUAGCUGUUUUUUUUUUUAAAGUGCGAGGUGUUCUGUGACAAAAUAUGGCGUACGUUGUGAGAAAAAUCUUUGAACUCUAUGUCUAUUUCAAUGAUGAAGUCAGCGAUCCGAGAGUCUACCCCUGGCCCAUGAUGAAGAAUCCCUUCCCCACGAUUGCUGUGCUCCUGCUAUAUUUGCAAUUGGUCCUUAAGUGGGGACCACGCUUCAUGGAGAAGCGAAAACCAUUUAAUCUCAGAUACAUCAUGAUAGCAUACAAUUCAGCGCAAAUUGUACUCUGUACGAAUUUACUGCUCGACAGCCUACGACUCUGCUACUUUGCAGGCUACAGUUUACUCUGUGAACCGGUAGACUAUUCCAAUUCUGAAAGGGCCAUUGCUAUUGCUAAGGGAUUCUACACGUACUAUCUUCUAAAGAAUUUGGAUCUUCUUGAUACUGUAUUCUUUGUAUUGCGGAAGAAACAGAAUCAAGUGACAUUCCUUCAUGUCUACCACCACACGGGAAUGCAACUCCUGGCCUGGCACUCGGUCAAGUACCUUCCGGGUGGACAUGGGGCUUUCAUGGGCAGUAUCAAUUGUCUUGUUCACAUCAUUAUGUAUUUCUACUACCUCCUCACGGCGAUAAAUCCACGCUACAAAGGGAGCGUGUGGUGGAAGAAGUAUUUGACUCAGCUCCAGAUUAUCCAGUUCUUUUGCAUCUUCGCCCACUGGAUGGUCCUCAUUGCUGGCGACUGUGGCUUCCCGCGUUUCCCCAUUCUCAUCCUUGUGCCACAGAAUCUCUUUAUGUUCUGCCUAUUUGCCGAUUUCUACUACCGCGAGUACAUCCGGAAGAAGCCACAAGAACGCGCGGCAAAGUCCCAAGUCACCGUGCAACCUGUGCAACACCUCGACCCAAUAAAAGAAAUAUAAUACAUCAAA